AAAAAAACCCAAAAGUAAACAAAAAACCCCCCCCAAAUCCUCUCCCGGCAGGGCCGGACCGGGGCUCGCCCUCAGCGCCCGGAGCUCGGCUGGGCUCGGGCCGCGGCUCCGAUCCCUGUCCCGAGGAAUUUUUUCCUUCCCUGGAAGGCAAAAUUCCCUGGAAUUCCCCCCGCGGUGUUUUACAGGCGGCGUGGAAAAGGAAUAAAUGGGAUUCGUUCCCGUUUUCCUUGUUUUUCCCUGCGUUUUUGGGACUCGUGGACAUCCCUAGGAGUGGGAUCAGGAGUCCUUUCCUUCCCUGGAAAGCAAAAGAUCCUGAAAAAUAAAUUCCAGUGUUUUAGAGAGGCGGCUGUGUCCAAGGAAAAUAGGGAAUAAAUGGGAUUGAUUUGUUAACAUCCUCAGGAAUUCACGCGCGACAGGGAAAAUCAGGAAUAAGUGGGAUUAAUACCGGGUUUUUUUCUGGCUCUGGAGGGUUUUCCGUGGAUGGGAAUGAGAAUUUCUGCGGUUCCAGAGGGUUGGGAAAGGUUGUUAGGGAUGGAUCGGGAUAAAAGAUAAGGAGCCUGGCAGGAAUUCCACCUGGAAUUCUCUCCUGGAACACCGAUCUCAGGCAGCAGAGCCUUGGAAAAUCCCGAAUUUUAGGGAAAUAACCCCAAGCUGGGAAUCCCAGAGCCCCUCAAAUUGAGGCUCUUCCCAGAUUUCAGGGUUUUCCAGUAUUCCCAAAAGCUGCAGGAUCCCAGAAAUCUGGAGGAUGCAGAAUCUAUGGAAAACCCCCCUGGAAGGAUUUCUCUUUCUAAAUACCUGGGUUUUUUUCCUGUGUUUUUUUUUUUUUUUUUCCCAGAUGUUCCCCGCUGGGCUCUAGGAUGUUGGAGAACCGAGAGGAAGUGAGGAACAUUCCUGGUUUAUUCCCAAAUUCUGGAAUUUGGAUGAGUUGAAUUCUUGGGAAUUCCAUCUCCGUGGAUAAUCCACGGAGCAGAUGGGAAUGGGAAUGUCUGGAGAAGCAGGAGUGGGGUGGAUCCCAGUUUUUGGAGCCCUCUGAUACCGUUCCUGGGAAUCUGAGAAAGAGGGAUGGGGAUGGGAAUGGGAAUGACUGAAAAAGCAGGAGUGGGGUGGAUCCCAGUUUUUGGAGGCCCUGAUUCCAUUCCUGAGAAGCUGGAAAAGCAGGAAUGGGAACAAGAAGGUUUGGAGGUGUCUGGAAAAGCAGGAAUGAGGCUGGAUCCAGGUUUUUGGAGACCCCCCCCAGUCCCAUUCCCAGAGAGCCUGGAAAUAGAAAUGGAAAUGGAAAUGGGAAUGGGAAUGUCUGGAGGUGUCUGGGAAAGCAUGGAUGGGAUGUGCCCCUAUUCCUGGAGCUCCCUGAUCCCAUUCCCGGGAAUCUGGGAAAGCAGGGCUGGGUUGGAUCCCUAUUCCCAGAAUCCCAUUCCCGGAAUCCCACAGGAGCUGACCACGGUGCGGGUGCAGGAUCCCCGCGUGCACAACGAGGGCUCCUGGAAUUCCUACGUGGAUUACAAGAUCUUCCUGCACACCAACAGCAAAGCCUUCACUGCCAAGACCUCGUGUGUGCGGCGCCGCUACCGGGAAUUCGUGUGGCUGAGGAGGCAGCUCCAGAAAAACGCGGGAUUGGUGCCGGUGCCGGAGCUGCCGGGAAAAUCCGCGUUUUUCGUGGGCAGCACGGAUGAGUUCAUCGAGAGGCGGCGGCAGGGAUUGCAGCAGUUCCUGGAGAGGGUGGUGCAGAGCGCGGUGCUGCUCUCCGACAGCCGCCUGCACCUGUUCCUGCAGAGCCAGCUGCCCGUGGCUGCCAUCGAGGCGUGUGUGCAGGGCCGGGGCCCGCACUCGGUCACCGAGGCCAUCCUGCACUACGCCAUGGCCGGCUGUGCCUGGGGACAGCGCGGGGACAGCCAGGCCCCGCCCACAGACAGCUGUGCUGCCCUGGGAAGUGCCCGGGGCUGCCUGGAGAGCUUCCCUUACUGGAGUGACUUCGGCAUGGACGAGGCACGGCCGGAGAGCCCAGCUGGACCCGGAGUGACCCCUCUGGAGAGCCCGGAAUGUCCAGCUGGACAUGGAGUGACCCCUCUGGAGAGCCCAGAGUGUCCAGCUGGACAUGGAGUGACCCCUCUGGAGAGCCUGGAAUGUCCAGCUGGACAUGGAGUGACCCCUCUGGAGAGCCCAGAGUGCCCAGCUGGACACUGAAUGACCCCUUUGGAGAGCCUGGAAUGUCCAGCUGGACACGGAGUGACCCCUCUGGAGAGCCUGGAAUGUCCAGCUGGACACGGAGUGACCCCUUUGGAGAGCCUGGAAUGUCCAGCUGGACACGGAGUGACCCCUCUGGAGAGCCUGGAAUGUCCAGCUGGACACGGAGUGACCCCUCUGGAGAGCCCGGAAUGUCCAGCUGGACAUGGAGUGACCCCUCUGGAGAGCCUGGAAUGUCCAGCUGGACACGGAGUGACCCCUCUGGAGAGCCUGGAAUGUCCAGCUGGACACGGAGUGACCCCUCUGGAGAGCCUGGAAUGUCCAGCUGGACACGGAGUGACCCCUUUGGAGAGCCUGGAAUGUCCAGCUGGACACGGAGUGACCCCUCUGGAGAGCCUGGAAUGUCCAGCUGGACACGGAGUGACCCCUUUGGAGAGCCUGGAAUGUCCAGCUGGACACGGAGUGACCCCUUUGGAGAGCCUGGAAUGUCCAGCUGGACACUGAGUGACCACUCUGGAGAGUCCCAGGCACCGCUGCCCUCGCUGGGAGAGGGAUCAGCGCGGAGCCACUGGGAUGGACUGGGAGCACUGGGAAUGCGGCCCUAGCUGUGUCUGAGCUCUUUCCCAGUGGAUUCCCAACGUUCCUGAUAUUCCUUGAUAUUUCCAGCAGUGUUUUCCUCACUCUGCUCCUGGCUCAAAUCCCUCUGGAAUUCCCAAACUGAGCUGAGACCCUUCUGGAAUUCUCAAACUGGGCUCAAAUCCUUCUGGAAUUCCCAAAUUUGGCUCUGACCCCUCUGGACUUCCCAAUCUGGGCUCAAAUCCUUCUGGAAUUCCCAAACUGGGACGAUCAGGCUGGAAUUUGUGUCCCCUUCCCGCUGGAGCUGUUCCAGGGAUUUUUGGGGAAGCAGGAGCAGCUUGGGGGGGUUUUGGGGUCCUCCCCUCCCUCAGCACUUGGUGUGGGCAGGAAAUAAAUAAAAUAAAAAUAAAAAAAAAUGAAAAUGAAAAUAAAAAUAAAAAUAAAUAAAAUUAAAACAGAA